CGUCACUACGUGACCAAAACAAAUAUGGCGGUUGCAGUAACGACGCUGAAGAUUGCAAAACCUUUUGUCUGCUUUUUUCCCUGGGUUCUCUUGAUUUUAUUUGUCGGUGUGGCAGUCUUGUAAAGGCAACGUUCGGCUAUCUAAGUGUUUUUGGACAGUACUUUGAACGGACUCUCAAACAAAACGAAACCCGGAAUAUAAACGGAAGUCUGCUGCUUUUUUGAAACUAAACAUCCGCCUCUGUAGCGCGUGUUUACGGUGUUAUGUUGUUAUUUCAGCGCAACAAAAAUGGGAAGAACAUGGAAAAUUAAAUAUGUUGAGGUUCAACUAAACGAAGAGUGGUAUGCCGAUUGACAGGAUGAACAAGAUGUAACUCCCUUAAUGCGAAGAAACGCGAAAUGGACUUAACGUGGAUUCAGCCUGAGAGCACCGAGUGGUAAACAGUGACACCUUAAAGAAAUAUUACCAUGGGUUUAGUGAACUUUGUCAUUUCCACUGUAGGAAAAUGUCUGGAUGCUGUCUGCUUACUGCUGGACCUGAAUUUCUUCAUUGUCCACACCGUGGUGCAGACUCUCCUGGCAGUCAUCACCUUCAUAACCAGCCUGCCAAACCUUUUCUACAACUCAGUGCUGGAGCUGGGAAACCUCUUGCUGCUUUGCACAGUGUCCACAGCAGAAGCGACAUCGAACCUAGCCCACAGCACUGUGGCCAUUCUGGGGAGCUUGUUGCUUGCUCUGGAGGGGCUUCUGGAAAGCCUGAAGAUGGUGGGGUACUUGUCCAUGCACGUCCUGCUGCGUGGGAAGGAGCAUCUGUGUCGAGGGCUGCUGUCAUUGCUUGAGGGCUGUGGCAUCGCGAUCAGCCUGGUGGUCUAUUUUACCAACACGGUGGUAAACUUUGUGCUUAUCGCCACCCAGAACGUCUACUUGGCAUUGGUCAGCGUGUGGCAGACAGUCUCCAGCCCACUGCAGAAAGUGCUGGAGCUCACACUGACCUGUUUCACCUUUCUGUACAGCAGCCUGGCUGGCACGUCAGCUUUCCUGUGGUCACCCUGCAAGGUGGUUUUGGACUUCCUGGUUUCGCUGGUGCACAUGUUCAUUAGCAUCUUCAUACUGAACAUCUACGGCCUCGUGCUCACCAUCACUAUUGCACUGGCCACCACCGCCUACUUGAACCCAGGACUGACCCGACAAAUAGCUGUGCGCAUUGUGGAUUAUAUUAACUCCUUUUCACUUCUCCGUAGAUUAUACCUGGCUCUCCAUUGCCUCACAUCAGCCCUGUUGUGCACACCGCAUUUUAUACGCCAUAAUGUGCAGCACCUUCAGAGGAUUCUCUAUCACCUCUGUCGACUGGAGAGAAGAGUUUGGCAACAUCUGUCUCACCAAAGCACCCUGAUGGGCCUGAUCCUACGGCCACAUCUUUACAGGCAACACAACAGCAAUAACAGAGCUCGAGGUGACGGUGGCCCUGGGGAAGAGAGGCGGGAUCCGCCAGAUGGUAGAGCAGGAGAUGGAGCCCACCAGGAGGCGCUCACUCCAGCUUCCCCCUCCUCAAGCACAGACAGGCCGCUAAACAAGCAGUUAUCUUCAGGCGAAGAUGGUAAACCUCUGCCUGCUGAGAGUCUGUUGACUCUGCUGAAGGAGCAGGAGGAGAGGAAGAAGUGUGUGAUCUGUCAGGAUUGUGCCAAGACAGUGGUGCUGCUGCCAUGCAGACACCUCUGUUUGUGUAGAGACUGUACGAACAUUCUUUUAAGGCAGCCCAUCUACCAGCAGAACUGCCCGCUCUGUAGGCACAUGAUCCUCGACACCAUGGAUGUGUAUCUAUGAGGGACCGGUCAAAGUGGAUCUUACGCCAAGGAGCCUCACAGUCUAUCAAUAUCUACAUAUAUAAGUUUUACCACCAGUGAAUUUUACUUUUUAAAGCCUUUUUUCUGCUGUUUACUCAAACAGGACUCAGAAUACACAGACAAGACUUGUUAAAAGUACUUGAUAGCUCUGGAUUCAUUGGGACUUGAAGGAUUUAAUGAUAGUCAAAAACAAAAUGUCACCAGAUUAUCUUUAAAUAUUCAGUAUGUGCACACUUUGAGAGCACAUACUGUGCCCUGUUUCCAUACUAUAUACUAAAUGUAAACAGCACAUAGUAUGUACAAGUCCUUAUGGUAAACUGUUUCUGUUAGUAUGCAAGAAAUCAACAUAUUUAUACAUGCACAGUAUUUGAGCCAUGAUGCAUUGCCAAAAUGCUACAGCUAUAUACACUUUGAGAGAAAGUCAGAUGUUUUUCCAGGAAUGAAACUGUACUAACCAACACCCCCCCCCCAGCUGUGAGGAGCUCUUUGUGUAUUCUGUCGUAGUAGUUGGCAUCAGAAGUAAAUUUUUUUUUUCUUGCAUGACUUCUAGAAAAAAUCGGAACUAGUUCAGUUGUCUGUUGUCACUUCUGAGAAUAUUCUUUGGUUUAGGUAUGGGAGCAGAGUGAGUACAACUUGCUUAAUUCUAUGGUUUAUUUUCCUUACCGUUCCUUCAGGUAUCUCACAACCUUUGUACUAAGUAGCUGAAAGGGUUAAAAUGUAAUUCUCAACAUUAUCUCCAUUCAGGGCUACAGUGCUUGAAUGAAAGCAAUGCUUUAAACGUCAAUGGGGGCGCGAUUGUGAGUCUUAGAGUAUGCUUUAAGUUUUGCUUUUGCAGUGUCAUACUUGAAUCCUAGAGUUGGUCUUUAGUUUGGAUUUGGGGUCUAUUUUGGCUCUAAGCUCCACCUAUUUAUGUUUCCCGCAGGGAUGCGCCGAUUAAUCAACUGUUGGCUAGUGUCAGCCUUGUUGACUGUCUGAUGCCCAUUUAAGAUGAUGGGUAACCAAAACUGUGGGUGAUGUUCAUGUUUGGCCUGCUGAAUGCCCAAAAACAGGGUGGUAAAGAGGUGAAGGGUUCUGUUAUGUUGUUCAAAAAGAAGGUGCUUUAUUCACCUGUGUUAUGUCCCCAGGCUGGGGGUAAAAAAUGGAGGAAUAAACCAAAUCGGGCCAGAUUUCACCAUCAGUGCAUCUCUGAUAUUCCAGUAUUGCCACGAUGAGCCUCAGUCAUUGUAAUCAGUUGAUGCCGAAAAGCUUUCCACCGCUUAUGUCUUAAAUAGUCCUGUUUUCAGUGGGCCAAGCUGUGAAGGAAGGAAUAAAGCUAACACUGUGCUUUACUGUACAAAUAAUUCCACAUGAUGUAUGUAUGAAUGUUGUAUGAACAACAGCAGGUUUAACCAUUUAGAUCUGCUUUUGUAAACGACUUCAAUUUGUGCUGCAAUUUUGUAUUUCCAGUCAGGCUUUAUUUCUUUUUUUUUUUUUCCUUCCAACUGCUGAGGUUACAGUCCCCACCAACAAAUAAUCCAUAAAUGGUUUUCCCUUUCUUUUGACAUUGCUAUAAAACAGAUUUCUGUGGUAUAAAAGGACCAUAAACAAAUAAGGUUUUGCAAUUUAAUUUGCUUUUGUUUCUCCUUUUUUUUUCUGUUUCAUUUGAAAUAUAAAUAUUGAUCUGUGUUAAAAGUUUACAGGACAUUAUUUUGUCACCACUUAUUGUAUUGUUAUUGAUGGUGGGUGUUUUAGAGUCAGAUUUGGGGAAAGAAGAAAAUGCCACUGGUUGUAUGAUCAUAUUUGUCUUUUAAAAAGAUCAUUUAAAAAGUCAUAAUUUUGUGUAAUUUGAAAUGUAAUCUCUGCAUAAUUUUGGAGGGCUGUGGUUGUGUGAUAUCAAAUACCAAUGUUAUUCUUUUCCUACUACAGGUGAAAGUCUGAGUGUCAGUUUGUAAGGCUGUGCAUGAUUUCUAGAGACCGUAAUCAGCAAAGACCGCUCUCAGGUAUUUCUAAAACACCAGUGGUAUUCCUCACUAAAGAUUGCAGUGGAUAGAAAACACAUGACCAUCUUGCUGGCUUCUGUUUGUAUGAAUUGUGUGAACCGUAGUGGACAAUGUGAUUUAAAGACAUGAAUGUAUGUUAUGAAAUAAGCUCGUUGCCAUGCAACUGGCAAGUCUGGUUUGUAAUAAAACAACAAUC